GUUUUGUCAUGACGCGGCUCAUAUAUAGGAUCGAUCAAUAUCAAAUAUUGGAACGAUAACAAGAAUUCGGCAUUUGUAUUUUCUGUUUCUGUUUCAAUUGUUCCUUCUUCUACGGAUAUACUUAAUUACAUUUGUGUUUUUAUCCCUCGUGAUUCAAGACAGAGGUUUCGUUUCCAUUUACGUGGCGGGCCAGCUACUGUGGGUUUCUAAUUCUUGAAAACCAACACAGCAUUUUCUGAAAUCCGAUUCUACAUUCGGGAACGUAAUUGCAGCACGGUUUAAGUAAACAACAGUUGUGGAAAUGGGAGCGUCGUACUCUUUACCUAGAUUCGGCAGCACUAUUUACUGCGAUUAUCAUGGUAAAAAGAAGGCAACUGGUUUCUGUUCAUCUCACAAAACUCUUAUUUGCAUGACUUGUAUAGCAGAAAAGGUUCAUUUUGGUAUCGAUUGUAAGGUUCUGGAAAUGGAAACUAUGAGUCAUGAAAUGAAAGAAUGUUUUGUUAUGAAACAGGAAAUAUUGGCGUCUAAAAAGACAAUGACAGUGGACCAGAAACAAAAAAAGAUGUUUGCGGAGAUUGACAAAGCGUACAACAAAGCCCUGGACAACUUACAGAAAUUACGACUAGCCCAUUUGGAGGUUGCAAGACAAGAAAUAACAAACAUAUUUACAAGUGAGAGAGAAACCUUGGACAAACUUUAUCAAGCGGUUGACUUGUACCAUACCGGUAAAAAAGUGGAUGCAGACAGCUUAAAGAAGCAAGUGCUAAUGGAAACCUUUGGUAAUGAAUUAGUUUUCCAAAAGGUAAAUCCUGCUUUUACGGCGCUUGAGACGUCGCUUGAAAAGGUGAAGGAGUGUAAACCUGCAGUGCGUGUAGGGAGAAUGCCUCAAAGAAAAGAAAUAACUGGGUCAGACUUUGUUAACGAAUAAAUUUACGUUACAGCAUUUCAUUGAAUAAUAUGUAUAUUAACAAUUUUCAAAGUCUAUCACAAAAUUGUCAUUUUGUAUCGAUGGGAGAGUGAAUCAUUAAUUUAAGUCAUGCGAUAAUGCCACGGCUGCAUGACGAAGCGAAAAAUGCUGACUAAUAGUUAUUUAGAGAAUACAUGUAGUUAUUUAUAGUUGUUACCCAUGUCGGAUUUAUUGGACCAUAAACUUUAAUAUGUAUGAUUUCUCAGUUUCUUUUAUACAUGUAUAUAAUCUAUUUCAACAAACAAAAAUCCAUCAAUAAUGGAGUUAGAUAUCAGUUGAAGACGUUUAUUUAUAUAGUGAAAUUCAACUUUUACCAGGAAUUUAAAUAAUACUUUUUAAAGAUAUAUUCUUUGAAAAGACAUGACUUCUACAGUUUGAAUUUUAAGAAUGUUAAAUCCAUUAAUCAUUAACAAUUGUUAGUGAUUUUAGAGAUAAAUUUGUUCUUUUUUUAAUGAUUCACCCCGCUAUUAUUUUGGGUUAUUCGUUUAAUAUUUAUCUUACAAAUGUACACGACACAAUUGAUUUUUUACAAGUCAUUUGUACAUUGUCAUCAAUGUCUAAGACUUAUAAUAGACACUAAAACUACGUUAUUUAUCUCAGUUGCUAUUAUGUUAUGUGAAAACUAACUAACCCGCUAUUAUUUUGUGUCGUUUGUAUACAUGUAUUUAUCUUGCCAAUCUACAAUAUACGGGUGAUGAAACUAUGUUCAAACAAUGACAUGUUUAAAUGAAAUAAAAAUACAAUAUAAAUACAAUUUAUUCAGCUUUAAACUGACAUAGUAUAUUGCAAUAACAAUCAACGGGUAUAAUCCGGUAAGGGAAGUAACUCUUCUCGACGCUUAUCGCUUAAAUGAAAGGGUAUAUAUUGUUAUACUUACGUGUGAGGAAUAAGUUAGCAAAAGUACAAUGAUAAUGACGUAUUAAUUAGACUUGAUUUCCAAUUAUUCAUACAGCAAAAAUUACAGUCAUAAUAACGCAUGAUACUUAAUUGCAACUAUUUGUUGACACUGAAAUGUCUUGAACAGUGUUGGCCAUCAAGUUAUAUUUAUUAUAUUUAUAAACAAUAAAACUACAUAAUUAUAUCAAAGUUGCUAAUAUUUUGUGCGAAAACUAACUUCUAUAAGUUUAUAAUACUAACUUCUAUAAAUUUUCUCAAUGUAGCGUGAUGAUAUAUAUCUCUGUUUAUAUUAUAUACGUACUUGACGCAGAGUCAUU